GGAGGAGAACACAACUCUCAAAAGGACACUAGAGGACAGGAGUAAGGAGAGGAGGAGGACGAAGAAAAAGAAGGAGAGCGGGCGUUGCAGCCAUGUCGGACACACCUUUGCAGAGGAACGGCACGGCCAAAGCCCCGAUGUCGUGUGAGGAGGCUCAGCUCCACAAAGAGAGGCUGCAGGCCUUGGCGGAGAAGCGAAAGCGACAAACUGAAAUUGAAGACAAAAGAAGCCAGCUUGACGACCUGGUGCUACAGCUACAACAUGUCAAGUCCAAAGCCAUGCGGGAGCGAUGGCUCCUCCAAGGAAUGGGAGUGGAGGAAGAAGAGGCACGUCGGAAACAGCUGGAACAAGACGAAGAGCAAGGGAAGAGGCUGGAGGACAUGAUACACAGGCUGGAGUCUGAAAUCGGUGCCCUGGAGAGUGAAGAGUCCCAGAUCUCAGCCAAAGAACAAAUCCUUCGAGAGCGCCUGAAAGAGACGGAGCGCUCGAUAGAGGACCUGCAGAAGAGCCUGAUGACCCAGGAUGAAGAUGCCAGUGGCCGCACGUCCGCCCCUGUCCCGGACUGCGUGGACCCCGAUCCCAACCACCUCGUCCCAGACUCCCAGCCGCGGAUCGGCCCGCCUGCAUCUGGAGGGCACGCCAUACCAAGACCUGCAAUGUUUGCCAUGGAGAUCAAUGUGCAGCACGACCCGCAGACCGGCGAGCAGCGCAUUCUGUCGGCCAACCGCGUGAGCCCGUUGGACGCGGCGUCGCGCGGCGUCAAGGUCUACGACGACGGAAGGAAAGUGGUCUACGAGGUCACGUCCUCUGGGGGCGUGUCGACCACCACCGUGGAGAACGGCUGGAGCUCCGCACAAGUCGACCAGCUCAUCCAGCAAGCGGCCAGGCCGUCGGUGCGAGGAGGCGACGGCGGGAAGGGUCACGUCACGGUGACCCCAGCCGCCCCAGAGGCCUACGUUUCCCCUGCAGACAUCGAUGAUCUCUCUCCACCCUCCUGCGCCCCGCCAUCCAUCCCCUCGAGCCCACCAGCGGAGGUCACCCUUCAGAGGGAGCCUCGACUGGGCAUGAUGCCUCCGUCAUCCGCUCCCAUCACCACUCAGCCGGGCUCCUCGGGCCCCCCCGGCGCCGAGCUCACCUCCCCACCCCAAGCCAGCACAGAGCACCCCGUCACCAUGGUGUUUCUUGGCUACCAGGACGUUGAAGACACAAGCGAGAGCAGGCGGCUGCUGGGCUUCGACGGCGCCGUGAAGGCCGAGGUGGUGCUGAUCGACGAAGACGACGAGAAGUCCCUGCGGGAGAAGACGGUCACUGACAUCUCCGUCAUCGACGGCACGGCGGCCGACCUCGUGUCCGGACGGCCGGCCACGUCCGAGGCCGUCAGCACGGAACUGUCGUCCGACGGCCGCGAGCCCGACAGCACCUCCUCACCCCCCGCAAACCCACCAGAAGCCAACACGAGCCCCCCGCCCGGCCUCACCCCCGCCACAGGCUACAGCCAGAAACCAUGGGUUUCCGUGACAACAGCAAAUGGCUACCAGGCUCCCAUUCCAAGCCGACAUCCUCACACUGCUAUGAAGUCGUGGCGGGCGGCAGAUGAUGUCAGUGACUCAGCCCCUCGAGAGCGAGCCCUAAAAAGCGUCAGUUUCCAGGAAUCGGUCAGCGUCAUCACCGACAGGCCCGUCAGCAUGGAGCUGGAGAGCCAGCAGAUCCAACAUGGCCGCCUCGGCAGCCCCAACAGUGCAGUUCUUGUCAAGGCGGAGGGAUCCGACAGCGAGGUGGUGCAGGAGAUCCGCUACCUGGACCAGGUGUUGGACGCGGCGUCGGACGCCCCCACCAACGGGAGCUCCCCGCUGUCGGAGCACGUCAGGGCGAUCAGCGUCGGCGGGGCGUCUCCCUCGGUCUCCGUCUCGGCCCACCCUGCGGUCGGCCACCAGCCGAUCGUCGUGGAGGGACAGAAGCAGACGACGUUCCUCCAUCAGGACGGGUCGGCCCCGAGGACCAACGGCCACGUGCCGGGGGAGGAGUCGGCCAGCAGCAGGGCCAAGUUUGAGCUGCGAGCGUUUCACGAGGAGAAGCGCCCGGCGAAGCUGUUCUCCCCCGGAGAGGAGCAGCAGGUCAGGGUGACGAGGAGGCGGCCCUCAGAGGAGGUUCAAGAGUUGGAGCGUGAGCGUCAGGAACUGAUCCGAGACCAGGCAGUGAAGAAAAACCCCGGGAUCGCCCAGCGCUGGUGGAACCCCCCUCAGGAGGUCCCACUGGAAGAACAGCUGGAUGCAGAGCAGCUGGAGUCUCUGAGGAAGUACCAAGAGAGGAAACAGCAGAAACAGAGCUACUCCUACGCAUACACACAGCCCCAGGUGUCAGGCCCUCCCACAAUGGUGACCUUUGACCCAGAGCUGACCAGGAAAGACGACAUAGUGGAGGAGCAGAUCAACUUCUCGUCGGCCAGGAAGCAGUUCCUCCAAGGGGAUGCCACCAGGAAGGACGUCGCUCCUCACAUUUACUCCGCCAAGCCCUUCUCCAAGUCCAGCGGCAGGGGCAGCCUGGGGAGCGGCGACGUCGCCGCGGAAACGGAGGAGACUCACGUGACCUGGUCUGACGAGGGAAUCGCGGGCGAGUUCACGUGCGCCCGAGCCGUGAUGGCCAUCCUGCCCGGGGAGGACGAGGCGAAGGGUCACUUCCACCCGGCGUUCAACCCCGAGGAGUCGGACUCCGGGCUGGACGAGCUGUCGGUCCGCUCUCAGGACACCACCGUGUUCAGCUUGGACAACGUUUCCGACAGCGGGGCUUCGCUGCCGCCCACCCCGCAGCCGCUCACCCCGGUGUCGCCCCCCACCCCGCAGCCCGCCACCCCGGUCAACGGGCAGACCGGCGGCGGCCCGACAGAGGACGAGCUGGAGUACCACGCCGGGGUGCUGGUGCAGAACGCCAUCCAGAACGCCCUGGCGGCUCAGAAUGGGCGGGACUGGCCGCCGCCCGACUUGAAUUCGUCUCAGCUGAGCGCCCCCGUUUCCCCAUCGUCCGCCUCGACGGGCAGCCCGGUGCCGGUGUCCUCCUCGCCCGUGUCCUCGGGCGGAGCUCCCAGUUUCCAGUCGCCCGCCUCGUCCAGCCCGGCGCCGUCCAACCCGUCCCCGCAGCCGGACCGGCAGCCGGCGGUCACCGUGGAGAAGCCGGUGGAGGCGCCCCAGCAGCUCCACGCGCCCUCUCCCCCGCCCUCCCAGCCCGUCUCGCCGCCCCAGAGACCCCGAGACGGCGGCCCCAGGAUCAAAAUCCAGUCCUCCUACAGCAGAGCGCUGGCGUCCUCCACCCCGGCUCCGGUUCAGGCCCCAGCGCCGGCGUCUGUGGCCCCCGUCUCCAGGCCCACCCCAGCCUACCGGCCCCCUUCACCCCCGAGCCCAGAGAAACCCGAAUUCAGCUACUUCAGCAAAUACUCGGAGGCGGCCGAGCUGCGCAGCACGGCGGCCGCGGCCCGGGGCCCCGAGGCCGAGGCGGCCAGCGGCCCGUUCCGUCUGCGCUCCAAGAAGCAGCGGACUCUGUCGAUGAUCGAGGAGGAGAUCCGGGCGGCUCAGCAGAGAGAGGAGGAGCUGAAGAAGCAGAGGGAGACUCAGCCCGCCGUGGCGGUCCGGCCCGGCGGCACCUCCGGCAGCGGCGCGAGGACGGGGAUUCGGAAAACCACUAUUUCACCCGCCGAUAAGAUGAAGAGCAACAGCCUGCCGACCAGACUGACCAUGACAGCACGGACCGCGCCAGGAAAGAUCGAGAAAGUUCGCCCUGCACCGCCCGUCUCGCCCUCGCCGUCAGAAGGAGCCCUGUCCGAUGCCGGCAGCGAGGACUCCGGAGGCUCGCGGCCCAAAAACUUCAUGCAGACGCUCAUGGAAGACUACGAGACGCACAAAGUAAAGAGGAGGGAGAAAAUGGAAGACAACAGUUACUCCCGUUUGCUGCUGGCUAACGAGGUAACCACGGCGGUUCUGGAGGCCACUCGAGUCACUCGGCGGAAAAGCAACAUGGCGCUGAAGUGGGAAGCCGGAAUAUACGCCAACGAGGAAGGAGAAGAAGAAGAGGAGGAGGAGGAGGAGGAGGAGGAAGAAGAAGAGGAAGAGGAGGAGGAAUAAAUAGUGGAGACAGCUACUGGAAGAAGAAGAGUAUGAAUGGAAAUAUGAUAAGAAAGAAGAGCAAAUACAAACAGUAUUUAUUUUACUUUUAGCACCCUGAUGAUCACAGGACCGUGCGCCGCCGUGUGCUUUUGGGACCUGAGAAAUGAAGGCGUAGCAGUAUGUGUAUGAGAGAUUCCAGGUAUUUGAGGUGGGUUUGAGACAAAAGAUGCCAGAGACACUUUGAAGGGAUUUAGAGCUGAUUGACACGAACGACAUCGAUAUUCAGAGGUGUUUCUCACCUGUCUGCAGUUUUAAGGAUUUCUUGUGACAGACUUGCUGAUGAUGGGUUUUUUUUUUUGACCGUGUGAUGAUAAUCAUCUUCAGAAUGUGUUGAAAGGUUGUUGUUUUUCUUAAUUUCCAGGAAAGUUGUGUGCAGAUAUGAACUUUUUACCUGAACAGGUUUGCAGGACAAAAGAGGCCAAAUCACACUGACUGACGACUUGUCUCGUUUCUGAGUGCAAACUGAAGUGAAACGCACCACAGGGAGCCCCUUUCUGACCCCAUUUUUAUCUGUAAGUGCCGACUGGGAGGGUUAAUAAUGUCAAACUGCUCACAAAACUGAUAUCACUAACUUGGCCUUAGACUGUCGGUGAUUGUCGGCGUGUAUGAUGUACGUUAUUCUGGAUUAUUACAGUUUUCGUAGAGAAAAUUAGCAACCACGACGGUGAUUUUUCUGAACGGACCGUGUAGAGAAUGAAAAAUCUGAGGGCAAAACUUACUGCUGGUCGCAUAUACAGCGUUUCACUCAGUGUGUGUAUUGUUAAAAGGGCUGGGACGGGGGUUUUAUAUUGAAAAAAACAAGACUUCUUUUAGCUAUCGUUAGCUUUGUUGACCUGUGCUUUCUGAUGUAAGCAGUUGUUUCGUGUAUUAUACCAAGGUAGGACUGUGUAUUUGUUGUAUGAACAUCUGCCGUGUAUCUACUACUAAACUUUGUUAGCUGAGGAUAAAGUUUGACAAGAAAAAGUUUUUAUUUAAAAAAAAAAAAAAGCAAAAAAAAAAAACUUGUGAUACCAAAACAUUGUUAUUUAGAGAAAAUCAAGUCAGUCUGAACUGCAGUGUGCAUGGACCUACGCUCACUUCUGCUGUACGCACACAGCAAACAGCAAACAGCCGAAAGUGUUGUGGUGGAGCUCAACAGAGAACUUGAGUGUUCAGAGCGGAGCAGUACCCAACAGACUUCCUUGUUUCAUGAAUGUCGGUGGUCACUGUUUAUGCUUUCAGGAAGCAGAAUGCUGCCAGUGCAGAAUCAUUUCCAAAUUCAUGCGGCAAUAUAGCGUUAAAUCACGAGAAACAUGUAGUGUCAUACAUCAUCGAUGUUUAUCACUGAACCUACGCAGACGUUAUUGGUGAAACAUUGCAUCAUGUGAGAAGUUCCAUGAUAUGUUAAGAAAACACAUUCCCCUCUGCAAUCUGUCAAAUUUGCUUCGAAAACGUUAACGAUCAGCAAUAUUUGGAGCUCUGAGUAGACAUGGAAGAAAAGAGGCCACAUAGAAUCAUUGGAUCAAGAUAAUGACAACUUAAAAAUUACCAAUAAUAACAAGUCCUUGUUGCUGCUUGAAGGGGGCGGGGCUUAUUAGGAGCCCAUCAAGGCUUGAUGCACUUGCAAAAAUCAGUUGUUUAAUUUGUGUUGAUCUGAAUCUGUAUUAUUCGUAUUUAUGUAAGAAUAUUUUGUGUCUGAAAUAACAUUUGUGCUUACAAAGAGAAACAAAGUGUGUGAUUGUGUAGUGUAUUGUGUGUGUGCAUGUGUGUAUGCAGAAAUUUGAUUACAAGGACCUGUAAGUGUCUCAUUCAGUCGUUGCUACCAAUUCUUUAUUUUUUUUUUCUUUGCUCCUCACAAAGAUCUGCUGAUAUAAAUCUUACCUGAGGGCAAAAACAACCAGAAAUACAGACAAAUCUAAAAAAAAAAACGAAAUAAAUACCAGGCUUGUCUGAGGUGGGGGGUGAAGGCAGGGAUAUUUACAGGUCCUUGAUGCACACUGAACAUAUCACACACACAAAC